AUGGCUGAAAGAAAAUCUAAAGUCAAUAUUCAGUUCAAUAAGUCAAUUAUCUCAACCGCAGACAAUCUAAUUGCAACUACUGAGCUACUAUCACGGCUUUCAAGCUUACAUGAGGAGCUUUCCACCUUGGUCCAGGAUAAUGUUAAUUUGAAAUCUUUAGAGCAAUAUCGAACAGAUCUAUCAAGCAAGAAGCUACUCAAACACAAAGAUAAUGGUAUCAGAGCAUUUGUUGGUUGUUGUCUCAGUGAUAUUCUAAGAUUGUAUGCACCGGAUGCACCAUACACUGAUAGCCAGUUAACAGAUAUCGUAAAACUCUUUCUUGUACAGUUUGAAGAGUUAGGAUAUCCGGAAAACGGAUACUAUGUUCAACAGACAUAUUUGAUUACGAAGCUACUAGAAUAUAGAUCGAUCGUUUUAAUCACUGAUUUACCGAAUUCAAGCAGAUUACUGGAGGAGCUGUUCCAAAUAUUUUAUGACGAUAAUAAAACAUUCCAACCUAAACUAUACGGAGUAAUUUCUGGCGUUCUUGGAGAAAUAAUUUCCGAAUUUGAUACCUUACCACUAUCGGUAUCAAAAUUAAUCUUUAAUAAAUUUUUAACGUAUAAUCCAGAAGAAAUCCCCAAAGGGCUAGUUACUGUAUCAAAUUGCGGUUAUGAAAUCAGUUUGAUCCUUUGCGAUCAAUAUUCAACUAGGAUGAGCAGACACUUGACUAAAUAUUACUCUGAGAUCUUUUAUCAAGUUACAAGUGAUGAAGAAAAUGCAAAUUCAUAUGAUUCUAAAAAUAAAAUGACAAGAACAAUAGAAAAAUUACAUAAACUAACUCUUAGACUAUGGGGAACCGUUCCCGAGCUUGUUGCGUCCGUACUUGGUUUUAUCUACCAUGAAUUAUCGUCUCCAAAUGAAAUAAUAAGAAGAUUGGCUACAAAAUUGGUAGGGCAACUAAUAAGCGUUGAUUCAGAGCUAAAUUUUGUUACUACCCAUCCAGACACAUUUCAGAGCUGGAUAUCAAAAAUUGCAGAUAUAAGUCCUGAAGUUAGAAUACAGUGGAUCGAAAUGAUACCAGCCAUUUUACGUGCUAGAGAUGAUAUAAGCCCAGAAAUCAAUAAAGCGCUUUGUAAAACUUUUAUUGACGCUGAUUACCGGGUUCGUAGACUGUCAGUUGACGUUUUCAAUGAAGUUUCUGUGCAAGAUAUUUGGAAAUCUGUCAAAGAGCCUGCCAUAUUUGCAUCGUUAUUACAUUUAACAAGAGAAAGGAAUAGGGAAGUAAGAGAAGUGUGUAUAGCAGCAGUAGCUAAAUUUUACUCCCAAUCGAUUGAUAAGAUCGAAAGAACGUCUGCUAAUAAAUCGAUUUGGGAAAUUGUGGAUACAUUUCCAGCAGCUGUAUUCAAUCUUUAUUAUAUCAAUGAUCCUAAUAUCAAUUCCCAAGUUGAUAGGAUUAUUUUUGAAGAUUUAUUCCUCCCAUUUAAUCUAGAUAAUAAGCAAAGAGUCGGCCGCAUGCUAACAAUAAUGUCUCACUUUGAUAAUAAAGCAUAUUCCUCCUUUUUUGCUUUCAAUAAGAGACAGUUAAAAAUGUCGAUCGCAUUAUCAAAAUUCGUUCAAUUUAGUGAAGAUUUGAACAAGGAAGCGUCCACCAACUUUAACGAAGAUACUAUGGUCAAAUAUCGUAAAACAGUCGAAUGGUUAUCGGCAGGCAUGGCUGACCCUAAUAAAACGACAGAAUCCUUAAAUAUUUUGAAAGAAUUGAAUGAUAAGAGAAUUUUUUACCUGAUUAAAAUAUGUAUCUCUAAUGACACAACGAUACCCAUAUUGAGAAACAGUUUUAACGAACUCACGAAAAAACUACGGGAUCCGGCGCUAUUCAGAAAUUAUGACAUACCUUCAGUUUCGACAAUUAUGCCAAAGGACUUAUGUAACGAAUUGACUAUCCUACUCUAUAGGGCAUCACCUUUAAUUUACAACGUUUCAAAUAUCGGGUUAGUACUAGAUUUCUCCAAAAGUUCAAAUAAUACUUUAAAUUUCGAUGAGGUUGCCUUAAAGAGAAAACUAUUGGACAAUAUUUCAAAAGUCAAUGCUACAUUAUUCAAAGAUCAGAUAAGGACGUUAACAAAUGUUGUCAAGGACUUCAACGAUGCAGAAAAUGGCGAAGAAAGUACGACUGAAACGUUACCGCUGAAUGAAGCUUUAAGGACCCUAUAUAAGAUAACGAAAACCCUACCAGAACAACUAGAUUUUGAUGACACGUUUUUAUUUACCAGAUUACAAGAUUUUUCUACAUCUGCUAACUUAACUACCUGUAAGUAUGCAAUCAAAAUCAUAUUGUUAUCUCCAAAUUCUAAAAAAUACUUGAGUACUAUAAAAAAUCUAAUAUUACCAUUGAACAAGAAAACUUCUGAGAAUUUUUCGUCACACAUUGUGGUAUUGAUGGAGAUUUUCAGAUUUCAACCUGAAAUCCUCGACAAAGAGUCUACUGAUAUUGUAAGUUAUUUGAUAAAAGAGGUUUUGUUGGCUAACGACGUGGUGGGGAAUGACAUUUUCAACGAACAAGAGGAGGAAGCAAAAGAUACUUACUCUUUAAUUGAUGAGAACUACAGUACAAAUACAUUUUUGGCACUAAAUUGCAAGAUCAACGUUUUAAAACUGUUUACCAACAAGCUGAGGUCAAUUGCUCCUGAUGUACUGGAAAAUAAACUAGCUAAGGCAUUUACUGAGAAGACAGUAAAGUUAUUCUUCUACCUAAUUGCUAGCGGUGGUGAAUUAAUCCCUGAAUCUGACGAAAAGAACUAUCCAACUCCAAAUAUUUAUCAAGAGAGGUUGAGAUUAAUGGCUGGUUUACAAAUUUUGAAAAUAGCUAAGAAUUCAAAUCUUAAUGAGUUCAUAAAAUCGAGUGACAUCAUAAAAUUAAUUAAUUUAGUGGAAGAUGAAUCAAUGAAUGCGAGAAAAACCUUUAUUGAUAAAUUAAAAGAUUACAUUAGUUCGGAGUUAAUAUCGAUCAAAUUCUUGCUUCUUAUUUUUUUCACUGCCUAUGAACCGGAGGUUGAACUGAAAAUGUCAAUAAAGACGUGGAUAAACUAUACAUUCAAUAAAUCAUCAUUCAAGAAAGGUACAAUUUUCGAAAGGGUAUUACCAAGACUAAUACAUGGUAUAGCUCAUCAUCCAGAUAUCGUGCUUAACUCCUCGGAUGAGGAAAAUGAAGAAGAAUAUUUACAUUCAUUAACGACGGCGAUCGAUUAUUUGAUUUUUUACUUUGAUUCGAUUGCUAACCAAGAAAACUUCAGUUUAUUAUACUAUUUGUCUGAAAGAAUUAAAAAUUAUCAGGAUAAAAUAAAGGAAGAAGAAGGCGAGGUAAAUGAGACAAACGACUCCACUACUAAAAAUGCUGCUGAUACCACUAAUAAUAGUGAAAAAAUGUACAUUAUCGGAGAGUUAUCACAGAUGAUUCUUCUCCAACUUAAGAGCAAGAAGGGUUGGCAGCAUACCGCUUAUCCUGGUAAAUUGAAUUUACCAAGUGAUCUGUUCAAACCAUUUAACUCUGCCAAACAAGCGCAAUCUACAUUUAAGACAUAUCUGAAUAAUCCUAAAAUAAACGAAAAAUUGUCCAAUAACAUAAAGCAUAAGGUAGGCAAAAUCAUCUAUGCGUCUCAAACACAGAGACAAAAGGCCCAAAAAAAGCUACUCGCACACGAGUAUGGUACAGUUGGCUCAAAGAAACGGAAGAGAGAGUGUCGUGACGAUAUAAGCGAUGGAGAAGAUAAUACUGAGGUUGAUAAAGAAAAUAACGAUGAAUAUAUUCCAAAAUCAAAGAAGCUUAGAGGUUCAUCAUAUGAGAGUGCAUUGAAAAAGAAUUUGAGGGAGAGAAAAAAUGUAGACUACAAUGAGGAUGAGGAGGAUGAGGAAGAUGAUAUGUUUUGA